AUGUCGUUAUUUGAUUGUAAAUACGAUGGAUGUUCCGAUGAUUCAUCUUCCAGCGAAGAAUCAGAUUGUAAUGUCGUUAAAGAUGAUCAUGGCUUCGAGGAACGCAUGAAACAUGAGUUACAAUCGGAAGUAAUUUCCUAUUCACGCAGAAACACUAAAACGGAGAAGAAUCCUUCGUUAGAGCAACCCAAUGAUGAUGAUCUGUUAUACGAUCCUGAAGAAGACAAGGUUAAUGAGAAAUUUACAAGACAUUUGCAGAAAUCUAGCCAAAAUGGCCAAGUAUGUGAAGAAACAACUGAUGCUAUUCUUAACUGUCCAGGGUGUAUGAGCUUACUGUGUCUUAAUUGCCAGAGACAUUCUAAGUACAAGACGCAAUACCGAACGAUGUUUACCUUCAACUGUAAAAUUGCUGACGGUACAACCCAGGUUCCAGCUGUAGUUGAUCUUUCAAAAGACGCUUCAUCUGCUAUCAUUGAGGAUCUCAAAACGGUUGUUUGUGAAGUUUGCAACACUCCUGUUGGCCUUUUAGAAUCAAACGGUGUCUACCAUCUUUUCAAUGUAUUAGCAAGUCAUAGUUGA